GCCCGGCGAUGGCGGAAGCGGAGGCCAAGAUGAAGCAGUUCAAUGGCGGCGGCGGCGCCGGGCUGGACGCUGAGCGCGGCCGCUUCCCCUACUGCGUGGUGUGGACCCCGAUCCCCGUCCUGACGUGGCUGUUCCCCAUCAUCGGCCACAUGGGCAUCUGCACCUCCAGCGGCGUCAUCCGCGACUUCGCCGGGCCCUACUUCGUCUCGGAAGACAACAUGGCCUUUGGGAAGCCAGUGAAGUACUGGAAGCUGGAUCCCAGCAAGGUUGGCUGCCCUGGAGCCCACGCCUGGGACACGGCGGUGCACGACGCCUCCGAGGAGUACAAGCACCGCAUGCACAACCUCUGCUGUGACAACUGCCACUCCCACGUGGCUCUGGCCUUGAACCUGAUGAGGUAUGACAACAGCACCUCCUGGAACAUGGUGAAGCUCUGCUUCUGCUCCCUGCUCUAUGGGAAGUAUGUAAGCAUAGGAGGGUUUGUGAAGACCUGGCUGCCCUUUGUGCUCCUCCUGGGGGUGAUCCUGACGGUGGUCCUGACGCUGCGCCUGCGGUGAUGGCAGCGCGGAGCCCCCCGGGGCUGAGGCAGCUGGAGACAGGGCACUGCCAGGCAGGGCCUGGGCGAGGUGGCAACUCCACUCCAUUGUAGCAGCUCAUCUUUGUGUCCUGGAAGUGGCUUCUUUCCCUUCUGUUCCUGUGGUGUCUCCCCGUGGCAGGGCUCCUGCAGCCUCCUGCUGGCUCCCUGAGCGUUCGCCCUCCCUGCAGGCUGGGGCAAGGAGAGGAGGGGAGAGAGCCUCUGCUGUCAGUGCUGAGCGAAGAGCCACCAGGCAAACCCUGCCUCCUGCUUCAGGGGGUGAGCAGAGACACUUGGUGAGGUUCUCUCUGAUGUCUGCUCCCUUCUGGCAGGCUCCAGCAGCUGCUGCCUCGGCUCUCCAGGCAGGAGUUGCUGUUUCCCUGCCACAGGUUUCCAAGUGGAGCUGUGAGGUUGCUCCUGAGGGUGCAGGGUGCCGCAGCAGCUGCUGAUGGUCCCCCUGGGAGGGACAGGAAGGUGCUGAUGGCAGGACCCUCCUUGAGGAGAUGUGUAGAGGAACAGCUCUGUGGCAGGGCAAAGCCACUUGGUCCUGCUGGGGAGCUCAGAGAGGCAGGAAAGUCCUCAGCUGCUGUGGGCCUGGCUCAUGGCAGGCUGCAGGCUUGCAGGAGCCUGCUGUGGAGCUGGGAGUCUGCUGCUCAGUCCCUUUUAGCUUGUGCCAGAGAAAAGGCAGCUCCCAGGCUUCUCCCCCUGCUUCUGAGUCUCUAAAGCUGUGGUUGGCUGCUCAGGAGCCUCCUGCCUGCCUUUGAUCUGUGUGUGCUGCUGGGGGGCUGGGGGCAGCAGCAGGUCCCUGGUUCUGGAGCGAGAGGCUUUGUGUGGGGCUUUGGGAGCAGCCCCUGGCCCUUGGGCUUGGUGUAGGCAGCAGAGCUGAAGGGACUGGGAAGUAUCUGUGUCCCAGUUGGGCUCUGCCUGGCUUGGCAGCUGCCUGCAGGGGGCUGCUUGCUUCCUCGAGGUGCUUUGAAGAGCUCAUCCGGGGGAGAAGCUCUUGGCAGGAGUGGCUUUGAUGGCAGGAGGGCUGUGCUGGGAGCACUGGGGGCUGCUGGCCCUCCUGAGCCCCGGGCAGGGCAGGGCUGGGAGCUGGGGCUGGGUUGUUCCCCAGUGCCAGGCAGGAAGUGGCUUUGGCCAGGACCCAGGGGCCCAGGGCUCUGCUGGCUGAGGCUCUGGCCUGCAGCUGCUGCUCUCUGGGGGGCUCUGAGUCCUUGGCUUUCACAGCUCCUGUGGCUGCAGGGAUGAGUGCAGCUGAGCAGGGCCCCUCUGACUGCAGAGGGAGAGCAGCUUCCCACUUCUGCCUGGGGGCAGCAGCUCCUGGCUCUGCUGCCUGCUGGCUUUCAGCCUCAGGCAGUGCCUGUGGCCAGCACAAAAGCUCUUCCCCAUUGCCUGCUGGCCCAGUGGCUUCCUGUGGCUGGCAGGCUCGUUGAGUGCCCCCCCUGGC